AUGCCGAGACUGACUGGUACUAUUGCUAGCCCCAGACCUUCUGGCAGUGUUAUACAGAAGAAGCGCAAGUGUCCUGACUGCGACUACACCACCGACCGGUCUUACGACCUCAAGCGUCACCAGGAGACGCAUAAGCCGGACUCAGAGAGACAAUUUUAUCGUUGCCAUGUGCCCGGUUGCCAAAGUAAGACCGGACAGAAAAGCAACCUUAACGGUCACUUCGAGCGCGUACAUUCCGGUGUAUACAGAUAUCCUUGCAACUUUUGCGACAGACUUUUUAACGACCGGAGCUCGAGGGACAAGCAUGAGCGCAGGCAUGCCCAGGAUUUGGCUAGAAGACAACUGGAAGAGCAAGAGCGUCCUCGCAGGAAUAGGCAGACAACGCGGCGUUCCUUCCUAGUCUCUCCAGACGACUCCGGACUGCAGUCCCCGCAGUUCUCACAUUUCCCCGGCCAUGUCUACCCCCCUCCCUCGAUGUACGCCCCUCAAGCUACAGCACACCAUGCCGCUCUGCCCGUCCACCCGGUCGUAGCUUCCAAUGCCUUCUCGAACGAUGCCUUCGAGAUGAACAUGGGCUUGUAUAACUCGGGUGUAUCGGUGUUCGGCGACUUUGAUCCUACACUGCAGUCUUCGGGGCAAGUGUUCUCUGACCCUUUCUUCUCUUCGUUCUAA